CCUGCUGCAUGAAGUCAAAUUGGCUUUGCGUAACAUUCCUGUCAGUUCAGUCAAUACUGAUUUCAGCUCAAACGGCAUGAAUUUCCUAGUUCCGCGUAUUAUUCUGACCACCGGUCGAACUGUUUUUCUGAGGCAAGCAUCUACAACCCCAGCAGCUGGUCAACGGAAGGCAACGUCCACAGGAACAAGCCGGGAAAAAUGGGACCUAUUCGCUGGGGUGCUCGUGGAAAGACUACCGAUUAUCACAAAAUCCAUGGAACCAUUGGAGGCAAAAUUCAAAGGAAUGCUGGAUCAGAUAGAGUUUGAGAACAGUCACAAAUCAAACCAUGAGCUGCGUAAAGAAAUGGAGAAGAAACAGGUCGAACUUCUGAAAGCUGGUAAAAUUGAUUUGGAUUCGGAGGCUCUCAAGCAGACGGCCCAGGAUCUCGAAGACGCUUACAAUGAGGAGUUGAGCAAGUUUCAGCCAGCUCCUCGACUGACGGCAGCCGACCAGAAGAAUGAUCUCACAUCGCUAAAUCGAAAACUGGAGGAGACACUUUUUCUGCUAACGGAACAAAAGUUGGGUGACAAAAGCCACUACCUGUUGCCUCAGGGAAUUCAUUCCCCAGGUGAAUCGCUGCGACAAACGGCCGAACGGGUCCUGAAGGAAGUAGUAGGCGAUUCGCUCACAGUCACCUUCUACGGCAAUGCUCCGGUCGGUUUCUACAAGUACAAAUAUCCUGCUGCCGGUCGACAGGAAAGCAUUGGAGCGAAGAUAUUUUUCUUCCGGUGCGUGCUUGGAGCGGGAAGUGCGAAUGUGAAGGCAGAUAAAAAACUAAAAUUCCAAUGGUUGAAUGAAACGGAAAUGCAGAAAACAUUGAAGGAACCAUACUUUCAUAGUGUUUCUCAGUUUUUGCUUUAGAGCUUUGGUUGUCGUAAUGGAAUAAUAAAGCUGUAAAAAAAGA